AUGUUUCUCUCCAGACAGAGGGCCACAAACAGGAAGCCGGGCCCGCUGCCCACCUGCCCCAACGUCCUCACCCCCGACCAGAUCCCCAAGUUUUUCAUCCCCCCCAAACUCUCCACCCUGUAUGGCAGAGCUCCGGGCGGGAGCCCCGGUUCCCAGCGGAGCCCCCAAGGGACCGGGAGCCCAGAGACACACAGGACCCUGAUCAGAGCCGCCGAUCAGCGUGUCAUCCACCCACAGAGCCUGCACCAGGACCCCGCGGCCAGGGCAGCGGGUGAGGCCGGCCAGCAGCUCCCCCCUGCCUGCUCCAUGCCCCACCUCGUCAGCCCAGGGGGCUUCCCCCUCCUGCCCGAGAGCCCCCACACGCGCCGAAGGGAGUCCCUCUUUCACACCGCGUGCCCACCCCACCGCAUCUCCCUCGACCUCUCCCCAGAGCCCGGCGCCAGGCUCCUGCCCCCAGAGCUGCGGCCCUGGCAGCCCGUCUCCCAGCCCGGCGCCUUGGACAGCGACACGACCUCCUCUGCAGGUUCCUCGCCCUUCGGCUCUCCGGUGCUGGGGCACUCGCUGGCCUGCCAGGCCCACCGGGGCCGGCCCCUCUGCAGCCGCACCCCGGAUGCCCCGGCGGUGGGCCGGGCCAGCUCGCUGUCUGCCGAGGAAGCCAGCUCUACAGACGACAGCCCCAGCUUCCCACGCCGACAGGCCGAGCCCAGGUGGGGGGCAGCGGCCAGGUUGGCCCCCCCACCCUUCUACCCCUUGGACUUCAUCUGCCGCCCCGCGCGGGUGGCCCAGGAGAACAUGGUGGCGCUGAGCCGAGGUGGGUGCCUGCGCCUCUCCUCCGAGUACGUCCCGGCCAGCAGGCGCCUGCACGUCCGGCUGGUCAGCGCCGAGGGGCUCUACCCGCGGCCCUGCGACCCCCGGCGCGUCGGCUGCUGCGUGGCCCUGCAGUUGCGACCGGGCAAGGCGCAGAAGCAGCGCAGCGCCGUGGUCAAGAGGAGCUGGAGCCCCAUCUUCAAUGAGGACUUCUUCUUCGAGGGCCUGGCGCCCCACGAGCUGCCCGGCCGCCGCCUCCGGCUCAAGGCACUCAACAAGGGCUGCGGCGUGAGGUGGGACACCGUGCUGGGCGAGGCCGAGGUCCCGCUGCCUGCCCUGCUGCCCCCCUAG